AUGGAUAGUGGUCAUUUGGAUGCGAAUAUGUCCAGGCCGUUGGUCCACCUUCAUUUGCAUCAUUUGGCGCCUCCUAAUGCAGCGGAGAGCUCUGGAAGCACCACGAGGAUGGACUCCUGGAAAAGCGACAUGGACAUACGAGAGGAUAAGCCGUACCGGAGAAACCAUUUUCAUCAGGGUAUGCGCAAUCAGUCUACCCAGACUAAGACUUCGCCAUCCAAGACAGCGAAUAAGUCUACCCAGACGGAACCUGUCACUGAUGACAACGUGCAAGCUAGGGUGAUCGCAAUGCUGACAGGAUUGGACUCGAUCUUGGACUUGCAGCUGCGUAGCAGAAGUCCUUCGUCCGAAGAGCACCAGCGCCUAAAUGAGAUGUUGACCGGCCACAACUGCGUUUUGCUGCGCGAAGUCCUGGAGUCAAGGAAGCGAAGGCUUCCCGCGGACGACCUAACCGGGCUUCUAACUACAAUACUAGAGCGAAAUCCAGAUGGGAAACCGCUGCCUAAGCGGCAGAAGCUGGAGCGCCAGGAAGAAGCGUCCUCAGAGGAGACAACAGAAGAUUGGGAAUCUGAACCAUUCUAACUUGGAAAAGUCGAUGAGUUAACGACAAAAUGAUUGGACAGUCAACUGAGCAGGUCAGAUUCAACAUUUGCAGGCAACAUGCAAAAGAAAGAAAAACAUUUAAAAAUGCAGAUAGCUUUGAAUUUGUAAGACUUGUAUCGAAACAGCUGUAUACUAAUUGCUUACAAAUAAAAACCGCC